AUGUGGCUUAUAUUCAAUUACCUUCAUGAUUGUGGGGCUUGUCUAUCGUAUACUAAAUCAUAUGAAAAAUUUGGUCAUUAUGCAGCAGGUUGGUCAAAAUAUGUUCAAAUAGGCGCCGUGGAUUGUCGGGUAGAAGAUAUCAUCUGCAUUGACAAAUUUUAUCCAACAUGGCGUAUAUUUUGUCCAUUGAAAAAUUCUACAAUUCCACUUCAGACAGAUGACCAUCCCAUGAUCGAAGAUUUAAUCAAAACCGCAAUCCAAAAGUUGAAUGAUGUCGCCAACGAUUGUUAUGGAGAAAACUGGCCGAUUAAAAACGAAAUCAAACCGUCAAGCCCAGACGAUUUGAAUCGUUUUUUUCCGUCAAAUAUCACUACACUCAAACUGUUUGUCAGUGACGAUCCAGUUGCCUAUACUAUGUAUACGUUGAAUAAUUCCGAAACGAUUGACAAAGAACCAGUAUAUCGUAUAUCAGAGCAAAAUUCAGUUACUAACAAUCAGGAUAACGACGUUGAAAUGUCUGGUUUUUUUUUUAGCAUACAGACCAAAAUUGAGCCAUUUGCAUUAAGUAAUGACAGUCAUGAUGAUAGCACGAAAGAGAUAAACCUGCCAAAACUGUCAGACGUCAAUUUAAACGAUGACCCUAAACAACGUCCAUACGUUGAAGAUAUUGAUAGUACAAUUGUGCAAAUGUUUACAAAAGGUGAGAUUAGACGAAAAUUGCCAUCGAUGACGUCAAAAUUGAAGGAUUGGCUCAGUUUACUAAACACUUACUAUCCGGGCGGUGAAGUUGUGAAAAAGUUUAUUAGUAAUUUAAAUGAUUUUACGAAAAAUACGGAUCGACUGAAUGCAUCGGAAUUAACCAAGUAUAUUAACAAUUCGAAUGUUAAACUUCCUGGAAUUAAUUAUAAACAUUGUAAUGGUUCAUCACCUGCAUAUCGUGGAUAUACAUGUGGUUUAUGGACACUAUUCCAUGCCAUGACUGUUAAGCAAGCAGUUCAAUUUGAAAACACGAAAGGUAUGUUUACGCUGUUUUAAGGGUACGCUCCUUCCUCUUUUUUGUAAAAAACUUUCCAUUUUGAGCUGAACAUAGUCUAAUGUAGAGGAAAGUCGGGGCUAUAAAAUGAGACCAAUCCUAGCUCUCCACGACCUUCCUGGAAAAAACUAUGAAGUUUUUAACGUUUUCCUUCAAAGCCUAGAAAAUGUCAAUUUCUUUUAGCUUCGUAACCCAUCACCCUCACCUCAAAGCAUAAUAUGGCUUUUCUGGAAAUCUCCAUAUUUCAUUAGAUCACAUUAUGACCUCUUGGAAAAAUGGUCCGAUUGAGCUGGAAUUUUUACCACAGAUACUUUCUACCCUAUCUCAGAAUAGAAAUUUUUAUUUUCGAAAAAUACUAAAAAUCCUAUAUAAAAAGUCGGUUUUUUAUUUUAAAAACCUUUUCAUACCGAAAUUUGAACUCGAAAAUGCUUAAAAAAAUUUCGAACCUGAAAUAUAGUCGAGAGUAUCUGUGGUAAAAAUAUCAGCUCGAUCAAAUCAUUUUUUCGAGGGUCGUAAUGUGACUGGAUUGAAGGAACUAUCGAAAGAAAUCUUACUGAGAAAAAUACAUAUUGUACAAAGCAUUUUUUUUUCAGGGCAUUGCAAUGGUGUUUAUAUCUCCACGAAAACUCAUCGGAAAUUCUGGAAAAAUCGUCUCAUUUUGAAGAGCACACUUCUUCUCCCAGACUGUGUAUAAGAAAAGACCUUGAAUAUACAGAAAAGGAGAGAUGGUUUUUGAUGAAGUCGGCCCAAAACAAUUUCAAAAAAAAACUAUAUGGGUGUAAUCAGCAUCGAAUCCUGCACAAGAUAGUCCAUUUCGUUUUUCAAAAUUUUCACUUUCAUUUUUUUCGAUAAAAUUUCCACUCCUAUCCCAGACCUUUGGAACAUUGAAAUUUUUUUGUGUCACAUUUCAAUAAAAAAAUACAUCAUUCUAUGCAGAAUUUUAUGUUGAUCACGAAUAUCACGUUAAUUUUGCAUUUAAAUGCAUUUGAAAAAAGAAAACGACUUUUUUCUCAAAGAUGUUCAUCUGUGCUCUCCUAUAAAAAUUGGCCGACAGUCGUCCGAAAGUUUCUUAUAUACUUUUAAAAAUCCAAGUACUUUAGGAUUUUAGACGUGAUAUUCGGAAAGAGGGCGCAUUUUUACAUAUACUACUUGGAUUUUUAAAAGUAU